AUAUUGCAUUUUUAUUCCCCUUUUUUUCUCCGCGAGAGAGUUAAAGACGAGUAAGCCAGCUUUGAAGAAUCAGCUUCACUUCGUUGUAUUGAUUGAUCUGUGGAAGAAAGGCAACUGCUCGUCAGCCAAGCGACACAGAAAGACUGCAUGUGGAGCAUUUGUGCUGGAAAUCUCAGCGACUGCAGUGUUUUCAGCAGACGCCUCCAGAACUAUACGAUUCACUAGACUGCCAGCUUACAUGUUCGCCGUGAGGAACAGCACGGAGAAACUACCGCGUGUGUGACCCGUAAACGCUCGCAGUCAGCAGGAGCGUGAUUAACGUUACUGGGAAAAAGUACAUAUUGAAAUCUGUCCGAUAAGAAAUCAUGGAAAUCUUGGACGAUUUGCAGCAGCACUAUCUGCAAUUUAUAAAUCUGAAGACAGUUUAUUAGAACUAUAAGAUAUUUGCAUCUGCAACAAAAAGACGCUCAAUUGAUUAUUUCGGCCUGCGCUCGGUGUGCCAAGCCAUUCCUUCCCGAGCUCCGCCAGUUUUUCCAUGUUUUAAUCUGCGCAAGUGCUGGAUAAAUAUAUGCAAUCGAUUGGAAAUGAUUCGUCCGCUCUUUAUAAAUGAUGCAUUCCACGUGCUUUAUAUGUGCGGAUUGUUUUAUAGUGAAUGAAAGUCGUAGCUCGCACUGUCGUUAGCUUAGCGCUCGAGCGUCUGCAUCAGUGCGCGCGACAGCAGAGCGGAUUGAACACGUUGAAUUUUCCUCUCCGCCCAUUUUUUUCUGAGGGGGGUGACAGAGGGCUUUUUCUGUUCUUUUUCAUUUUUAUCUUCCAAAACAACACUGGACUAUUAAAACAGAUCGUUACCCACACCAAGACGUACUCGGAGGGGAUUUUUGGACGGAUUUUCGGUUCCCCCGGUGUCAAAAUGCGGCUGCGGACUUUGAUUGUUUUGGUUGCGUCUGUCUACACUGUUUGCAACUGUCAACAAACAAAUGGAGAAAUUUGCUCAAGUAAAGACAUCAGGAAUAACGUGACCAACCUGCGGGUGCUCGAAAACUGCACCAUAAUCGAAGGCCACUUAAAGAUCCUGCUCAUGUUCACAACCAAACCAGAGGAUUUCCGUGGCCUGAGUUACCCCAAGCUGACAGUAGUGACAGACUACCUGCUCUUGUUCCGCGUUUAUGGCCUGGAGAGCCUCAGCGACCUAUUUCCCAACCUCACAGUGGUGCGCGGCAAUAAUCUCUUCUUCAACUAUGCACUUGUGUUGUUUGAGAUGCUGCAGCUGAAAGAGAUCGGCCUUCACAGCCUGAUGAACAUCACCCGUGGAGCCGUGCGUGUGGAAAAGAACCCCGACCUCUGCUACCUCUCCACCCUCGACUGGUCCAUGAUCCUUGACUCGGUCGAGGACAACUACAUCAUGUUCAAUAAGAAUGAUCGAGAGUGUGGAGAUGUCUGCCCCGGCACGGUUCAAGGCAAGACCACCUGCCCCCUCACCACCAUCAACGGGGACUUCAGCGAGCGCUGCUGGAACCAGAAGCAUUGCCAGAGAAUGUGCCCAUCCUCAUGCAAGCACCGCGCCUGCACUAAAGACAACCAGUGCUGCCACGACCAGUGUCUGGGCGGCUGCUUGGAGCCCCACUCUCCGAGCAAAUGUGUGGCCUGCCGCAACUACAUGCACAAUAACGCCUGCGUUGACAAGUGCCCACCUGGUUUCUACACCUUUAAGGGCUGGCGCUGCGUCAGCUUCAGCUUUUGCCAGGAGCUCCAUAACAAGUGCAAGCAGGGCAAAGGUGACUGCCACGAAUACGUCAUCCACAACGGCGCCUGCAUCCCAGAGUGCCCUUCUGGGUACACCACUGUGAACUCCACUACGUUGAACUGCACCCCUUGCGCUGGCCUCUGUCCCAAAGUGUGCAUGGGGCUGAAGACAGUGGACUCAGUCACUGCAGCGCAGGCUCUGAGAGGAUGCACUGUGAUCAAUGGCAGUUUGGUCAUCAACAUCCGCGGAGGGAAUAACAUUGCUGCAGAGCUGGAAGCUAACUUGGGACAGCUUGAGGAGAUCACCGGCUACCUGACUGUACGACACUCGUAUGCCCUAGUCUCUCUGUCUUUCCUUCGCAAGCUCAGAAUCGUCCAUGGAGAGACACAGGAAGUUGGGAAUUAUUCCUUCUACGCCCUGGAUAACCAGAACCUGCGUCAGCUGUGGGACUGGUCCAAACACAACCUGACCAUCAAGCAGGGUCGCAUGUUUUUCCAUCAUAAUUCUAAACUCUGCAUGUCAGAGAUCCGGAAGAUGGAGGAGGUGACGGGCACUAAGAACCGGCAAACAAAGAACGACAUUGUCUCAAAGACCAAUGGAGAUCAGGCUUCAUGUGAGAGCCAGGUUUUGAAGUUCACACAGAUUCGCACACUUUCUGACAAGAUCAUAAUUAAAUGGGAGCCUUUCUGGCCACCAGAUUUUCGAGACCUCCUGGGAUUCAUGGUUUUAUACAAAGAGGCGCCAUAUAAGAACGUGACUGAGUUUGACGGUCAGGACGCAUGUGGCUCUAACAGCUGGGUCAUAGCAGAUGUAGACCCUCCGCCCCGCGCCACAGACGGAAAGGAACAGCAGGAACCCGGGUACCUCAUCCUCCCUCUGAAGCCGUGGACGCAGUACGCCAUCAUGGUCAAAACCCAGCUCUCCGCUUCUGAUGAACACCAAGUCCACGGAGCGAAGAGUGAAAUCAUUUAUGUCCGCACCAAUGCUACCAAACCCUCUGUGCCCCUGGACCCCAUAUCCUCAUCCAACUCCUCAUCUCAGAUCAUACUGAAGUGGAAGCCCCCUAAUGAUCCAAAUGGAAACAUCACACACUACCUUGUCUUCUGCCAGCAGCAACCAGAAGCCAGCGAGCUCUAUAAGUUUGAUUACUGUCAGAAAGGUAUGAAGCUGCCCACCAGAGCCCCCACACACGUGGACAGUGAAGAGGAACAUAAGUGGAACCAAACUGAAGAGCAGGGCCAAGGUAGCCGCUGCUGCGCUUGCCCCAAAACCGAGAAAGAGCUGAAGAAAGAGGCGGAAGAGACAGAGUACCGCAAAACCUUCGAGAACUACCUCCAUAAUGAAGUGUUCGAGCUCAGAACAUCAAGACAGCGUCGAUCUCUGGUGGGUAUUGCCAACAGGACCUCGUCUCGUUUUUUCACUACGCCUUCUUCACUGCCCAACGGCUCUGCCACUCGUAGCCCAGAGGAGGAAGCUGAAGCCAAUAAGGUUUCCCUGAUUGUUCAGACCAAGGAGUCGACGGUCAUCUCCAAUCUGCGCCAUUUCACCAGCUACCAGAUCGAAAUCCAUGCCUGCAACCAUGAGACCGACCCCUCUCGCUGCAGUAUGGCGGCCUAUGUCAGUGCCCGAACCAUGCCUGAAGAAAAAGCAGAUGACAUUGUAGGGCAGAUAAUCUGUGAGGUGUCUGAGUACUCCGUACACAUCCGGUGGAUGGAGCCUAAGGCCCCUAACGGCAUGAUUAUUCUCUAUGAAGUCCAUUAUAAGAGACUGGGAGAUACAGAGGAGCUGCACCAUUGCGUAUCCAGGAAAAAUUAUAUUGCAGACGGAGGCUGCAAGCUGAGAGUAGUGCAUCCUGGGAACUAUACAGUGCGGAUCAGAGCCACCUCUCUGGCAGGCAAUGGAUCAUGGACAGAGCCAAAACACUUCUAUGUAGAAGACCUACGUAUGGACCCUAACAUACUGAAGAUUGUGAUUGGUCCUGUGAUCUGUGGCAUUCUACUCUUGGUGAUGGGAGUUGUGGGCUUUUCCAUGUUCAAGAAAAAGCAAACAGAAGGUCCGACUGGGCGUCUUUAUACCUCUCCAAAUCCAGAGUAUUUCAGCCCAGAUGAGGUGUAUGAGCCAGACGAGUGGGAGGUGCCUCGUGAAAAGAUUAACUUGUUGAGAGAGUUAGGCCAGGGAUCAUUCGGCAUGGUGUAUGAGGGCAUCGGAAAGGACAUAGUUAAAGGUGAGCCGCAGAUCCGUGUCGCGGUGAAGACGGUUAAUGAGUCGGCCAGCCUCAGAGAGAGGAUUGAGUUCCUCAACGAAGCUUCUGUGAUGAAGGCAUUCAGCUGCCACCAUGUGGUGAGGCUGCUGGGAGUGGUGUCUAAAGGCCAGCCGACUCUGGUUGUGAUGGAGCUCAUGACACACGGAGAUCUAAAGAGUUUCCUGCGUUCUCUCAGACCUGACUCAGAGAAUAAUCCAGGUCGGCCUCCUCCAACGCUGAAAGAGAUGAUUCAGAUGGCUGCAGAAAUAGCAGAUGGCAUGGCUUACCUCAACGCCAAGAAGUUUGUGCACCGAGACCUUGCUGCCAGGAACUGCAUGGUGGCCGAAGACCUGACUGUGAAAAUUGGAGAUUUUGGCAUGACUAGAGACAUUUAUGAGACCGAUUACUACAGAAAGGGUGGGAAGGGCCUGCUUCCUGUGAGAUGGAUGGCCCCUGAGUCGCUGAAGGAUGGAGUUUUCACAGCUCACUCAGAUUGCUGGUCAUUUGGCGUGGUGUUAUGGGAGAUCAGUACUCUGGCUGAGCAACCAUACCAAGGGCUGUCCAAUGAACAGGUCCUUAAGUUUGUGAUGGAGGGAGGAUAUCUGGACAGACCAGACAACUGUGCAGACAGAUUGCAUAGCCUGAUGCAAAUGUGCUGGAAUUACAAUCCCAAAAUGAGGCCCACCUUCCAGGAGAUCAUCGAGAUGCUCCGGGAGGAUCUGCAUCCCUCGUUUCAGGAGGUCUCCUUCUUCUACAGCGAGGAGAACAAGCCGCCUGAGACGGAAGAGUUUGAUAUGGAUAUGGAGAACAUGGAGAGCAUCCCGCUGGACCCUUCCUCGUACUCUCAGAGGGAGUGCGGUCUAGACGGAGACGAGGGCUCAUCCGUGGGCCUUCGGGGAAGUUAUGAGGAACACGUGCCAUAUACACACAUGAAUGGCAGCAAGAAAAAUGGACGCAUCUUAUCCCUACCCCGAUCUAACCCUUCUUAAUAUUAAUAACCCCAUCAAGCUAUAUUAGAUUGUUUUUCAUAAUUUUAUAGAUUAACUUUUAUCGAGCUCUAUAUCAGAAGCCCUUCAGAAAGUAAUCUCAGGACAUUUGUUUUCUUCUUUACUGCCUCAGUAUGACGACGAUGAUGAUGAUGAUACAGGGUGCAGGUUUUUUUUUCUUGUAUUUAAAGAUACACAUCAACUGCUUUUUUUCUGUCUUUUGUUGUUUUGUUUAAAUAUUUGCCAAGUUUCAAGGACUGGUCAAAUGGAACAAACUGUGAAAUGAACCUCAGACAACCAGAAGGCUGCUUUAAACCUUACAUCUCCUCAUCCACCAACAGAUUCUCCCAGACUCUCUCCAGAAAAAGACAGAAUCUAGAAGAAAUUACGAGAGAAACAAUAAAGUGACCUUACUCUGUUUGUGGCCUAGGUCAUGACAACACGGAGUCGUGUCUCAAUCUGUACACUUUGGUGGCAAACCUGUUGAACUUGGGAACUGUAGGAUGACAUGAAGCGUCCUUCCAAGAACAAACUGUCUACAGUGGAAGCCUGUACAAGACACUGCUUUUCUACCUGCUACUCAGUAUUCCAGACUAGACAGAGAACGAACCGAUUUUUGGACUCUUAUUUUUUUAUUUAUUUGCCUACCUGUGCUCUUUCCCUUCUUUUCUCUUCCCCUUCCCCCGGUGUUCACACAUUUACAGCUGAAGGAUAUUUAAAACUGUUUUCAGGACUUUUGACUAAAAGAGUUCCUCAGAUUGACCAAUAGUUGCUGCUUUGAUAUAUUUUAGUGGGUAUAGAUGAUGAGAAAAAAAAAAAAUAUAUAAAUAUAUUAUUGAUGUUUUUGUACAUAGAUGAUAUGUUGUCAUUUCGAGAGUUAUCGCCGGAUGUAGAAAUGUUUUUACAUGUUUGUCUCGAAUCCUUAUUUUUUCUAAUCUGAAAAUCAUACUAAUCAUCCUGGACCUCUGAUCAGCCAGCAGCUCCCAAGAUGCACAGGAGUAUCUAGACGCCUUCAGCUUCAGAUGUCAAAUCUUGAUAUCAAUGGAAAUAACUGCUGUAAAUAAAGCAGUGAGGUGCAUUCAACAAGA